AAUCUUGUUAUUUGUCGAUAGAAGGUAAUUGUUGUUAACUUCCUCUUUGAUUCCAAACACUUGUCUAAACACAAAGGCCACUUCCUGAUUUAUUUCUGUUUUCUCGUUUGUGAUAAUGUAACUAUUUGCACGACAUUAUUAAAUGAGUGGAUCAGUUUAUCAAGACUAUUUUAGUUUCAAUAGAAACAUUUAAGUUCCAUUCUUAAUUUAAAAAUAGAAUCAUAAUAAAAAUUUAGAAAACAAUGACAUUAUUAUAUUCAGAAUGAUUUUAUUAUCUGAAAUAAUCAAAUAUUCAAUGCCGCAUCCAUACUGAUAGUUUUACGGGUGGAAAAAUCAAGGGGACUAGUAUAAUUUUCUUACUUGAAACUGGCAAAUUGAUUCGCUUAUGAAAAAUAUUUGAUGAAGAUCUAUUAAUCUAUCCAACACUUAGAAAAAGAGAUAAAAGUAAGAGAAAAAUAUAGGUAUAAUAGAAUUUGUGACGUGAUAGGAAGAGAAAGAUAAAAAAACAAAAAAAUGUAUAUGAAAUGUUUAAAAUUAAAACAUGUUUAUGUAUCAUUACUCUUUCACUUGUAAAUAACCUCAUCAUGCAAUUGUAAUUUAUAAGCCGUAUCAAAACCCACAAAAAGAAAAAAAAAAAAAUCUUAACAAAGCCAACCCUACUCUGCUUGAAACAAUGAAACUUUGACCUAGCACUAUUGGAAAUAGAUAAAUUCAUCAAUUUCUUCCUCCUUUCUCUGUUUUCUAAAAGAUUUGAUCUUUGAAUUUUGGUGAGACUUGUAAGUAUUCCUACAAAUUUCAAAACUUUGAAUUAAUUAUGAGAUUAAUUUUCAAUUCCAAUCUAAAAUUUAGUGAUAUUUAAAUCAUUUCUCUCCAAAAGUAUUUUAUAUGGAGAUCGAAUUUAGAUUUUUUGAUACAAAUUCAACAUAUAUUAUAAGUUAUAUUUAUUAGGUGAACUUAUGAUUUCAUACAUAUCACUUCAAGCUCAUUACCAGACAUAUCCUAGAAAAUGUUUUUUCAAUUUUCAAUUUAAUUCUCCUUGUUUGAAAAUAAUUAAUAUUAGAAAAUUCUCAUGUCCCAUGUUGGCUAGACAUAUAGCGUGAAUAUAAUAAUAUAAGUGAGACAACUCUCUAACUUAUAUAAAUCAAUUUUACAGAGUUGAGUGAAACUCAAAAUCCACUUUCUAAGAGAAUUAAAUUUUGAGAAAUAAUUUUUUAUGUUUUAAAUGUUUUCAGAAAAUAUUAACAAUAAAAAGAAUUCUGCUACUAUAAUAUAGUUGACGCUGAACCACUAUACCAUGCUUUACUGCAUUUUUUCAAAUUAUACGCAGUUGUAGAGUUUUUUAUGUUUUUAAAAUCAUCAUACCGUUAACUGCAUUCAUAGUUUUAAAAUUUCACUGGAUUUUGACAUGUAGCUAGUUGUAAAAUUAUACGCAUUGGUAGUGGUUAAAGCCAAAUUCAUUCAUUCACAUCCUUAUCCAAACAUUUCUACCACGCAGCUAGCUAGUGUUGUAGCAGCAUUAACUUAGGUAUGUAUGAAGCAGCCAGCUCAGAUCCAAGAAAGCCAUCGGCACCGGCCACCGGUUUCCCGGUGAGCUACAGCACCAGCACCACGGAGGCUGAGGUGUAUUCGUAUUCAUACGGUCCAGUUGUAGUACCAGUACCACCUCCCCACCCUAAACCUAUUGUGGAAUGGUCAACCGGCCUCUGUGAUUGCUUUUCCGAUUGGGGAAACUCUUGCAUGACGUUCUGGUGUCCAUGUGUUACCUUUGGUCGAGUUGCAGAAAUUGUUGACAGGGGAUCUCCAUCAUGUGUUACUAGUGGGGCUCUCUACUCGGUGAUUUCCGCAAUUUUCUUUGUAAUUGGGGUGAGGUGGUGGUGUGGCUGGGGCUGGGGCUGGGUAUACUCUUGCUUCUACCGCUCCUAUAUGAGACAACAGUACGAUUUGCGGGGAAAUGCCUGUACGGAUUGCUUGAUUCAUUUCUUCUGCGAGCCCUGCGCCCUCUGUCAAGAAUAUCGCGAGCUUCAAUUCCGUGGAUUUCACAUGACUAUUGGUUGGCAUGGAAAUGUUGAGCAGAGAAGUCGGGGAGUAGCCAUGACUGUUGCAACAGCUCCACCAGUCGAACAGGGCAUGAACCGUUGAAGUGAGGAUCCCUAAGUAUAGAGUAAUGUAAUAAAUGCAGUUCUGUAACUAAGCGAUACGUGUUUCUACAAUGCUUCUAUUAGACCUCAAGGGACAAUAAUGUUUGAAGAAUGACUCAUUGAGUCAUGUUUAUCAAACUUUUAAGUAUUAUAGGUUUACGAAUUUAUUUAUCCCAUGUAAGUUAAUUUAUGUGUAAAUUUUUUUUUUAGUAAAUUAUGGGUAAACUCUAUAAAUUUUAAGUAAA